AUGGCAGAGGCCGCCUCAGAUGCUGGCCUAGGUCCGCCUUCCUACGAGCAGGCCAUAACUACUGGCGGCCAGGGUUGGUGGUUAGAGCUGGUAGCGCCUUAUGUCUCGGUGGGUGACUAUCCGAGCCUGUGCCUGGUUAGCCGUCGUUUCUACGACGUCUUCUGUCCUAGGCUGUGGAAAGAUCCUCUGGUUACGGUGAGGAUUUUGGGGCUAGACCCAGGUAAUGAUUUCGCCUGGUAUCUCGAUGUUUCUGGACUUCCGGGAUCAGUGCGUCCCCUCGUCAAGGCAGCUGACCGCUUUCCUCGCCUCCGCGUCCUGAAAGCAAGGAGACGGGAGUUGGUGGCUGCAGAUGCCUCUAACCUCGUAAAGGCAUUUGCAGGAAGACUUUGGAGUCUCGAUUUGAGCGAUAACCCUCUUUCGGAUGCCGUCCUACUAGCUCUGAAUCAGUUCAUGACCGCGAGCAGCUCUUCCCUGCGGACGGAUGGCCAUUUCGCGGCAGAGGGAAUGCUUGACUGGCCACGUUGCGAGGGCAGCGAUGCGUAUGGACCAUUUUACCAUAUCAAGGAAUCUGGCUUUAGCGAUACCUUUUCCCACGCCAACCGGUACCUGGCUGACCCUCCGACCUACCCUCCUGGCGAGUUUCACGACGGAAAUCAUCGGCCCAGUCCCGUUCGAGCCAACGGCCGCACCCCGAUUAAGAAUGAUUCAAUAGAGUUCCUGAAACAAGCUCUACUUGGAGAUGAUGCGCCCGUCGAUGCUGCCUGUGCGACCCUCUCCGCUGCCCGCAUGAGUCCUGUUGUGCUCAGCCACCUCCACCUCUCUAAUACGAAGGUCACAGCUCUGGGCGUGGAAAGGCUUGUGCGGGAGUCAUCUGGGCAGCUAGAGUCUCUCGACUGCGAAUCCGCUCGACUCAACAUCAAUAUUCCACGGCACAGCCCAUGGCCGAAGUCUACCAGGCUGUACGGCCUACUGGGGUCACCACACAUCUGGCGGCCGGUCCUAUCUUCGAACCUGCGCGAGCUCAGAGUGCACCAUUCGGUAGUAACACAGAUCCCUACCAUGGAGGCUGAGGGGAUGUCCUCCCUGCGUCGCCUCUGGCUCGCUGAAACGAGCAUCCGGCGGAGAUGCGAGAUGGCGUAUCCGUUAGCUUUCGUUCCUGAUACCAACCCUCGCGUCACAUCCCUUACCUUGACCAGAAUUCCUCGCCGCUCGUCGGGCCCGCUGAUUGGGAAGAUUAUCGGUUUUCUGAAGGCGGCGUCGAUUCAAGAGCGCGCGAUCGCGGAUGCUACCAUAUCUUCAUCGCGAAGGGCUCCGAUGAUGCUGAGGGGAUUGCGGAAUGUUCGCCUCGAGUUUGAAGCGGACCCUAUGGAUGACCCUGGUCGGUUCGCUACGUCGGCGGACUUGGAUGAGGAUGGAAUUCUGGAUUUGAGUCUUGACGCCGUCACAUUCUCCACAACAACUUCGGCGUCUCGCAGCAACGGACACCCUGGCUCGGAUAGAGCCGAGCAGAGCCCCUGGUUGUCGACGCAUCCUGGCGCGGCGAUAGCAGACUUCACCCGCUCCAGGGAAGAGUAUGUUUCGCAUACGCUCCAGUGGAGAGGUACCACCUUCGAAGCUAGGGUCUGGGUAGGAAGCGGCAUGCCGAGCUCCAACCCCGCGACGAACGCCUACCAGCAACUGGUCCGCAGCGGGUAUCGCCAGGUCGUCGGUGCCGCAUCCCCUGCUCACGUAAAGGCAGGGGUGCCCGCCGGAUCACUGAUAUACCUCGAUGCGUGGGACGCUAUGAUUCUUCCCGAAAGAGUCGAGGGCGCGCGUCAGGAGGUUUUGGCGGGGAUGAAGGAUGUUCUUACGGAGCUGAAGAGAUAUCGUGUUAGUACGAGGGAGGCGUACGAGAGGGAGAAGAGGAAAUGUGCGGGGCUGUCGGGACAGGUUGGGCUUGGGGCGCCGCAUUAUUUCUUUACGGGGAAGGUUGAGGUUAUUGUGAAGGAUAGUUCUACGCACUAUCAUGCUUCGGAGUAUUGGAGAUGA